AUGAAGUUUGGAGAGCCAUCACCCAAUGCAACUUCAACACAUUCAUCAAAAGAUAGCAACCUCAUGUUCCUUGUAAUUCCUGGUAAUCCUGGAGUCAUAGAGUAUUAUGAGAAAUUUAUGGAAACAUUAUAUCUGGCCAAUGGCAAGAAAAUUCCUGUUUGGGGGAUUUCACAUACAGGACAUGUGUCCACAAAACACAUGGAUGGUACAGUAAAGAUAUCCACAGGAUCCUCUGCCGGCAUUUUCUCCUUGCAAGAUCAAAUUGAGCACAAGCUUGCUUUUAUACAACACUUUGUCCCCAGCCAAACCUCCCUUAUUUUAAUAGGCCACUCCAUUGGCUGCCGGCUUACAAAUGAGACCUCUCUUGAGCAACAGGUCCAACACAAGCUCCUUUUCAUAAAGGCUCACAUACCCCGCCAUACACGACUGAUUCUUGUGAGCCAUUCCAUCGGUUGUUUUAUCAAUUUACGCUUGCUGCCUCAUUUAGGCAAACAGAGUUACUACAAUUUCUUUCUCUUCCCCACGAUCGAACGUCUGUCCUCGUCAUUUGCCGGUAGAAUCAUCUGCGCUUUCUCACCGUUUUUCUUCCUCAUUCGAUGGCUUCUGCUUACUCUUGUGUUCCUCCUGUCUUUUCUCUCCACCCGAAUUCAGUCUGGCAUCAUUCGAACAUAUUUCGGUCGGUCAGUAGUAGAUGAAUGCAUACUCAGGGCCACCACGAGCAUCUUUGAUACGUCCUGUGUUGACUAUUCGUUCACUCUAGGUCAAGAAGAACUGAAGGUUGUUAAGGAACUAGACAAAGACUUGGUUGAAAAGCACAUAGACCGUAUCAGUUUUUACUAUGGCUGGAACGAUCAUUGGUGUCCGAUUGAAUUCGGUUACAAUAUGAAAAGGCAUUUUCCUUCUGCCGACGUCCGGUUCUGUGAAAACAAAAUUGAACACGCGUUUGUACUACGUUUCAGCGACAAAAUGGCGGCAAUAGUGAACGAAUGGUUUCACAGAAUCUAUAAUGCCAAAACUGAACGAAGGACCGUGCAAAACGGACAGAACAAGACGAAUACCUCUGAGACGAUCCACAAUGUAACCUUAUAUGAAAACGGAGAAAGCGAAGAUGUAUUUAGGGUUGAGAAGAAAUUUCAAAAUAAAUUACUCUGA